AUGCGCGGCGCGUCACGGGGCGGGGCGAGUGCGGCGGCGCUCCCGGCCUGGCUCCGGCUCCCGCAGCCCCGCGCCCGGCCGCGGCUCCCCGGCCCCAUGUACCGCGCGCUGUACGCCUUCCGCUCGGCCGAGCCCAAUGCGCUGGGGUUCGCGGCGGGCGAGACGUUCCUGGUGCUGGAGCGCAGCAGCGCGCACUGGUGGCUGGCGGCGCGGACGCGCAGCGGCGAGACGGGCUACGUGCCGCCCGCCUACCUGCACCGCCUGCAGGGCCUGGAGCAAGAUGUCCUCCAAGCCAUUGAUCGGGCCAUCGAGGCCGUACACAACGCAGCCAUGCGGGAUGGUGGCAAGUAUAGCCUGGAGCAGCGCGGAGUCCUCCAGAAGCUAAUCCACCACCGGAAGGAAACCUUGUCCCGCAGAGGCCCCUGUAUUUCCAGCCCUUCGUCCAUGACCUCGUCCACCAGUGACCACCAUCUGGAUGCUGCUGCCGCAGCUAGGCAGCCCAACGGGGUGUGUCGGACUGGGUUCGAGAGGCAGCACAGCCUGCCCAGUUCUGAGUAUCUGGGGGCAGAUGGAGGCCUCUACCAGAUUCCACCACAGCCUCGCCGAGCGGCACCUGCCACGCCACCCCCGCCGGUGAAGCGCCGAGACCGCGAGGCCCUGGUGGCCUCAGGAAGUGGCGGCCGCAACACCACGCCCUCUGGGGGCAGCUCUGUGUCCGGCUCCUCUGUCAGCAGCACCUCUCUUGACACGCUCUAUUCCGGCUCCGGCUCAUCAGAGCCAGGACCCAGCUGCUCGCCCACGCCCCCACCCGUGCCCCGUCGAGGCGCCCAGACCACUGUGUCCCAAGCUCAGCCCCCUCCCUCCAAGACGCCAGUCCCCGAACCCCCUGUGGAGGAGGCGGCAAUAGAUGCCGCCUCAGGCCCUGAGGAGCCGGAGGCCCUCGGUGCGCUGAGCCUGGGGCCCGAAGAGAAGGCAGCGCCCGAGGCGGCCGUGCCCAAGACCAUCGGGGCAGAGCUGAUGGAGCUCGUGCGGAGAAACACUGGCCUGAGCCACGAGUUGUGCCGGGUGGCCAUUGGCGUUGUGGUGGGCCACAUCCAGGCCUCUGUGCCGGCCAGCUCACCCGUCAUGGAGCAGGUCCUUCUCUCACUGGUGGAGGGCAAGGACCUGAGCACUGCUCUGCCCUCAGGGCAGGUCUGCCAUGAUCAGCAGCGGCUGGAGGUGAUCUUUGCAGACCUGGCUCGGCGGAAGGACGACGCCCAGCAGCGCAGCUGGGCCCUGUAUGAAGAUGAGGGCGUCAUCCGCUGCUACCUGCAGGAGCUGCUGCAUAUCCUGACUGAUGCAGACCCUGAAGUCUGCAAGAAGAUGUGCAAGAGAAAUGAAUUCGAGUCCGUCCUGGCCUUGGUGGCCUAUUACCAGAUGGAGCACCGGGGGUCCCUGCGGCUGCUACUGCUCAAGUGCUUCGGUGCCAUGUGCAGCCUGGAUGCCGCCAUCAUCUCCACGCUGGUGUCGUCUGUGCUGCCUGUGGAGCUGGCACGCGACAUGCAGACAGACACUCAGGACCACCAGAAGCUCUGCUACUCUGCCCUCAUCCUGGCCAUGGUCUUCUCCAUGGGGGAGGCGGUACCCUACGCGCACUACGAGCACCUAGGCACCCCCUUCGCCCAGUUCCUGCUGAGCAUUGUCGAGGACGGGCUGCCCUCGGACACCACGGAGCAGCUGCCAGAUCUCUGUGUGAAUCUGCUUCUGGCUGUCAACUUGCACCUGCCAGUCCCUGACCAAAACGUCAUCAUGGCUGCUCUGAGCAAACAUGCCAACGUCAAGAUCUUCUCUGAGAAGCUGCUGCUGCUCCUGAACAGAGGGGAUGACCCCGUGCGCAUCUUCAAGCAUGAGCCACAGCCGCCACACUCCAUCCUCAAGUUUCUGCAGGAUGUGUUUGCCAGCCCUACCACAGCCGGCAUCUUCUACCAGACGGACAUGAUGGCGCUCAUCGACAUCACCGUGCGGCAGAUCGCGGACCUGUCCCCCGGAGACAAGCUGCGCAUGGAGUACCUCUCCCUGAUGUAUGCCGUCGUCAACUCCACACCCUACCUGCAGCACCGUCACCGAAUAGCUGACCUGCAGGCCACGCUGCGCCGCAUCCUCAACGAGGAGGAAGCCUCGCCCCAGUGUCAGAUGGACCGCAUGAUCGUCCGCGAGAUGUGCAAGGAGUUCCCCGUGCUGGGCGAGGCUCCCAGCUAGCGCCUCGCUUCUUUCCAUCCCCACAGCCCUGGGCAGGGUGCAGGGGACCUGGACGCUUGGCCCCGGGAGUGUUGAGCACCGACAGUGUGAGGGGUGGAGGGUCCUGAGCCAGGCCCCCCACCGGAAGUAGAGCUAAUGUGAGGGGCCAGGUGCAGGACUGGGACCAUGCCGGGGCUGGCUUGGGGAAUGCUGAGUGCAAGCCCCUCCACCUCCCAGUGGCUGCCUCUUCAGCAUGCUCCACCCCCACUGUUCACACUCACUAGAGUCCUGCUGCUGCCCCAGCCUCGGCCGGAGCCCCCUACCCCACCUUGGCCUGGUUUGCACCCUGGGCCAGCAAGCCAUGUCCUCGGGCGAGGGGAGGCACGUCUAGCCCAGCCCGCCCAGACCACUCGUCCUUUGCCUUAGCUUUGCAGUGAGUGCCGCCCGCUUGUGCUCUCCGCCCCCAGCGAGGGGGAGUUGCUGCCCCCGGCCCCUGCCCCCAGAGGCCUUGGCCAAGCGACUGCUUUGAAAGCAGACUCAGGAGCAGGCCAUCCAUCCUGGAGCCUCACAGAACGGGGUGGUGGCACUCGGAAAGCCAAUGACAGAAUCUAUUUUCUCUGUAAAGACGUAGACUGAAAAGCCAUGUGUAUUUUCCUAUGUGUCGCGACCUGCCUUUGGAAAUAAAUCAUAGGCCUCCAGAAACA